CCUGUUGAACAAACAGAGUGAACAAAGUUCACUCUGUUUCCUCUAUUUCUAAUAUCCCCUGUCGAACAAAACAGAGCAAUAUAGUUCACUCUGUUUCCUCUGUCUAUCUCUAUUUUCCAGUGAGGCCUUUGCUGCCUUUUAAUCCUCUGUCUCAAUGCUCCGAAACCUCAAAUCUGCCUUAUUGACUUCUCUAAUGGAAGCAGUUUUUCUCUUUUCUCUGUUCAGACAAAUGGUUGCACAUGAAGCUUUGAUGAAAACCGAACUCCCUUUCGAGUGAAAACUCCAAAAAGGAGAAAAAAAAAAACAAAGGAAAAAACAUUCGGCUGUGGUGUCUUUCAAGUCCUAUAUGCAAAUGGAUUCAUUCAAUUUCUACAACAUCAAAGUUGAGAAGGCAAACGCGAAGCUAAAGCAUCGCCAGCUUCAAAAGAUAGCAAACUUGUUCCGGGUAAUCGAGGUAUGCGUUGUUCUUCUCUUGAUUUCCAGGCUUUCCAUGCAACUCCCACUUGCUGUCAAGAACUCCGGCGGCUAUUUCCGGAACCUGACAGUCGUCUUGGCUAGUCCUGGCUUCGUUUUUGUUGUUGGAAAUGCUAUAGUCAUCACUCUUUUUGCAAAGUCCGGGAGAAAGACGCCGGGUUUCGAUCUCUGCGAGGAGAUCAUCAAGAACACUGAGAAGAAUCAGAAAGUUCACCCAGAUGAGACAACCUGGUACCUUCACAAGCACCCCACAUACGAGGUGAGUACAGUUAAGGAUUACAGGAGGACUCAGAGUUAUUCGCAGAGCUCAACCAACCAGGUGUGUGAGAAAUCUCGCCAUGUUCUUCGACAUCAGCGGACAGAGAUAUGCAGGAAUAGCAGCCGUUCUUGUGAGGAAUUGGCGAAAAGUUCAUAUCCAGAGGAUGAAAUGAGCAACGAGGAGUUCCAGCGCAAGGUGGAGGCUUUCAUUGCCAGGCAACAGAGGUUCAGGAGGGAAGAAGAGGACUCUGUACUUUAAAUUACUAAGAGGUGAGCGAUUUGAUGACGGAACAUACUUUAAGGAGUGAUUUGAUAGUACACAAGAAAAUAAUCUCUCUUUGUGAAUAAGAUGCUUGAUGGGUGCCAAAGGCAGAUGGAUAAUGUUAAUUUACAGGAGUGUUGGAGAUUUGAUAUGCGAAUAAGAGAAUUUCUAAGUUCUAGAGAUGAUGCCAUUUUUCUUCUGGAUAAGAGAAAAAUAUGCCACAGUGGGAGGCAUGAAUUCUAAAUUCUGUAAUAUGCUAAUUCACAUGCUUCGAUGCCAA